CUGUCAAAGGAGUCGAUUGCAAAAUUUUUUGAUCCAGAGCUAAAGGAAAUGUCAUCUCGUAAUAUAUUAAACCUUCCGUUGGAGGUUCUGAAUUUGGUUUACAAGUCAAUACCGGAUAUGAGAGAUAAGCUGAAUCUGGCCAUGGCCAAUGACUAUCUUGGAAAAGCAUUCGCCUUCCACGCCGGCGAUAUUUUCAAGAAGAUCGAAAUUAAGGACCGACCAAUCACGGAUUGGUCAGACAUUUUAUUCCUGUGUGGAUCCUCCGUUACCACGAUCCUAACCAAUGAAAAGGACAAUUCCCUGACUGUGAUCGAGCUAGCCUCCAAAUACUGUCCCAACCUAAAGGAAUUCCACUUUCCCGUUCGACGCAAUUCCUGGAAUCAAAUUAAGCCGCUGCUUUUGGCUCUAAAAAAUCUGUCAUGGAUUGGAAUUAUGAAGGAUUAUUAUGGGGAGGCUUAUGUGGUUGAUACACUGCUGAAAAUGCCCAAGCUGAAAUGCUUAAAAUUAAGCGGGUUCAUCGAUAAAGAUUUGCAAGGAUUUGGCAAACUUGUGAAUUUGACUCAAUUGACUAUAAUAAACUCCGAAUUAUAUACACUCUUUGAUACAUUUACAAUUUUUUCUCCAAUGAAGAGCAUAAAUAAGCUGGAAUUGACGUUCGCUGUCUUUAAAAUGCCUAAAAACUAUGCUGGCGAACAAUUGUGGCCGAAAAUCGAAUCACUUAGAAUUUACAAUGGGAAAUUUUACACGCCGCUGCCUUACUUGCCGACUCUAAAAUAUUUGACAAUUGAAGGCACUUCAAGCGUAGAUCUCACCGAAGUAUUUGGACAAUCGGUUGACAAUUAUGGCAAAACCUUGGAGUCGUUACGUUUUUACCCAGUAAACCUCAUGAUCAAUCGUCCUCGAUACAUAAAUGUUGAUGAGCUUGGUAUAAUAAUGGAGCUAAAGGCUCUAAAGGUACUCCAAUGUCGGGUGCGAAGCGAUGGUUUUAUUCACUAUAUAUCCCUUUUGGAGAACCUGGAGCAGCUAAACUUGCAGCAAUCAGGCAUCACUAACAGUGGAGUCAUGAUGGUGAUAUAUAGAUGCAAAAAACUGCGCCAUCUUUACAUUUUCGGAUGUCGAAUGGUCAAAAAAGAUAUAUUUCUGGAAGCUGUUCCUUUUUAAGAUUUAGUCGCACUACGUUGGAUAAUCCUAUUGAAAUCCAUGUUGAUAGUGGUUACUUUGGUGAUGUCGAUGAGAGCGAGCUUGGUGGAGUAUUGAAAAUUCGAUAUUUAAAGACAUAGGAAAAAUGGUGAAACAUGAAAUAUGUUACUGAUUUCGUGAUAAAAAAAAGCAAAAACAAAAAUAAGAA